AUGUCAGAUCUCGGGGACUGGUUCAGAAGCAUCCCUUUCAUCACCCGGUACUGGUUUGCUGCCUCGAUUGUUGUUCCCUUUAUUGGGAAACUAGGACUGGUUGAUUUCAGAAACCUCAUGCUGUUUCCGGAGCUGGUCUUUAACAGAUUUCAUCUCUGGAGACCGGUGACAGCCACCCUAUAUUUCCCAAUAACCCCUAAUACUGGGUUUUUGUACAUGGUCAACCUGUACUUCCUCUACCACUACUCCACUCGGCUUGAGACAGGGGCGUUCGAAAGCAGACCUGCGGACUACAUCUUCAUGCUCUUCUUCAACUGGAUAUGCAUUGUUAUAGUUGGGCUGCUGAUGAACAUGCGGCUGCUGAUGAUCCCGCUGAUCAUGUCGGUACUCUACGUCUGGGCUCAGUUCAACAAAGACAUGAUUGUGUCCUUCUGGUUCGGAACACGAUUCAAGGCACAUUAUCUACCUUGGGUCAUCCUGGCCUUCAACUUUAUCAUUGGAGGCUCGUUUGUAAAUGAACUGACAGGGAACCUGGUGGGUCACCUCUACUUCUUCCUCAUGUUCAAAUACCCCAUGGACCUGGGAGGACGCUCCUUCCUCACCACACCAGAGUUCUUGUAUCGGUUCUUCCCUAACAGGAGGGGAGGGGUGUCGGGCUUUGGAGUCCCUCCCAGCAGGAGACCAGCUGCCCAGGAGCCGGCAGCAGGAGGCCGUUACAACUGGGGCCAAGGCAACCGUCUGGGGGGUGAAUGAGCGGAGACAAGAGGAGAGAGAGCUACGCCCCUCCCUUUGCUCCCAAUGCUCCCAAUAACAAAUGGCUGUGCAGCUGAUGUUUCAGGUUAAAAUGCUUGCUUUUUCAUGUUCUUUCCUGUUUUUUUGGGGGGGAGGACCUUAAGACUCCUAAUGUGAUUCAAAAUCAUGUUUAGUUUUAAAAGAUACAACAGGAUGAAAUUUGAGGAAACAUGCAUUUUAACCAAGACGGCGCCGCACAGCAGGACUCAGACUCCGGCUAUAGGCUCAAUUCACCAAGUAAAGCCAGCUGUACUAUUACUACUACUGCGGAUGUGUCCAUGUGAAGCAGAAGAAAAUAUGAAUAAAUAGAUUUUUUUUUUUAUGUUAUCAUUCUUAAUCUCCCCUCCCCUUUUCUUCUUCCUUUCUGUCCUCCAAUGCCCCCCCCCCCGGACUGUCACGACAAGAGAUGUUGCAGCUGCACACCAGCACCCUGUUUCUGUCCUCUCUCUGUGAUGCCAUAUCAGAUUACAUUGUAAUUACCAAUGCACUGGCAGUGUGCUCUCAGCCGAACAUGAGCAAAGCUAUUUAGAGAGCGCUGUUUCCAGGUCGGAAUUUACAUGGUUGUAAAAUGUUUUUUAAGCCUCUGUGGCACAGACUUGAUCUUCCUCUGUCUUAAGAUCUGAUCUUAACCAAAAUGAGGCGAUGAUGGGAUUCUGCUUUUUUUUGUUUGUAAAUAUAACAAUUGUUUAUUGAAAGGA